UAACUGGUAGAUCUAUCUAGCAGAUGAUCGCAGUUAGUGAUUGAGCGUCGAGUUAUAAGAAGGCGCGGAUCGAGAAAUCGUCAGUCUUUCGUCACGCAGUGCUUUAUCAUGCGGAUUAAGCAGCUUUCUGCGCUACUAACGAUUGUUUAUGCGUAUAUUAGUUCCGGGUAUGCACAAACUAAUGACUGCGGGCUUGAGAGAUUCCAAUGUCACAAUGGAGAAUGUAUAGCGAGCGAUUUAUUAUGCGAUGGCAAAGCGAAUUGUAAGGAUUCGUCGGACGAGACACAGGCCGAAUGUUUGAAACCGGAGAUUCUGUGUCCUCAUUAUGCUUUUCGGUGUAAAUACGGCGCAUGUGUAAACGGAGACGCCGUCUGUAACGGCGUCCAGGACUGUGUCGACAAUAGCGACGAAACGCAACCCCAGUGUACGAGAACGAGUGAAAACCAUAAUCAAACAACAAGAUCUGUGCGAUGCAAAGUAGAUCAAUUUUUGUGCGACAACGGGCAAUGCAUUAGUCAGUUUGAUGUGUGUGAUGGGAAUAGAAACUGCGUGGACGGUUCCGACGAGGUAUCUGCAAGAUGCGGGUCAUUGAUUUGUUCGUCGACAGUUUUCCGUUGCGCUUAUGGAGCUUGCAUCGACGGUGAUCUACGAUGUAACGAAGUAAUCGAUUGUGCCGAUGGAUCGGACGAGGAUCCAAGAUUGUGUGGCGGAACCGGAUGGGUACCGACGGUGCAACCAGGAACAACAACAGAACGAUCACCAGUACAGUCUUCAAGUUCUACUGUAUCACCUGGCAUAAAAACUUGCAAAACUCCAUCACAACCGCAAAACGGUCACUGGAAGUUGCCUCGAUCGCAAUGCUCAAACACUGGACAGGAUUGUGAUUCGCAAGGAGUGGACUUGAGACCAGGAUCUUAUCUAAUUUACUCUUGUGAUGAAGGAUAUAAGAUAAGAGGUUCUACCGAUGUAAUCUGCAAUGUUGAAGGAAAAUGGGUUAAUAUACCAGUUUGUACAGAAAUUAGAUGCAAAGCUUUAAGUUCAGCAUCAAUUACGGCUGAGUGUACAUACAAUGGUAACUGGGUAUCUUGUGAUUCUCCAGUUUUACCUAGAACAAGGGCGGAAUUGUCCUGCCAAAACGGUUAUCAACCUGAAACCAAUCAAGUAUUUUCAACACAAAGGGAUUCUGUAAUAUGUAAUGCGAAUGGUCAAUGGGAGCCAGAACCUAUACGAUGUACUCCAGUAUGCGGUAUACCGCCUUCCAAUGUUACACCGCUCAUUGUAGGCGGUUAUCAAGCUAAUAUCACGGAAUUUCCAUGGCAUGCCUCAAUGUAUCGCGAUGUCUCACAUGACAAGCCAAAGGAAUUCCGUUGUGGAGCAUCUAUCAUUCAAGAGAAUCUUUUGAUAACAGCAGCUCAUUGCAUAUACGAUCAAAAAACUAGCCAAGUGAUGGAUCCGAAGAAGUUUUACAUAGCAACAGGAAAUAUCUUCCGCGAUUAUGAUUAUCCCUCUCCAAAUGUUAAAAACAAUCAGGUGAAACAUAUUUAUACUAUAUGUGGUUAUCUAGGAUUGACAGGAAAUUAUAUUGGGGAUAUCGCGAUAUUAGAACUCGUCGAACCGUUUGUAUUGUCAGCUACGUUAGUUCCUGUAUGCAUAGAUCUUUUCAGCGAUAGAAGAGUGUUGGAAGCAGGCGCAGUGGGAAAAGUGGCGGGAUUUGGUAGAACCGCAGAUGGUAAUUCCAGUGCAAUCUUACAGACUUUGACAGUACCAUAUAUUCCAUUCAGUCAAUGCAAUUCUGCAAGCCAAAAUGUCAAUACACAACAAUAUCUUACUCCUGAUAAGUUUUGUGCAGGCUAUACAAAUGGUUCUUCUGUUUGUGAUGGUGACAGUGGCGGUGGAUUAGUCUUUCAGACCAAUGGUCUAUGGCAUCUCAGAGGUAUUGUUAGCGUUUCUCUUGGUACGAUACAACAAGGUGGAAGUUACCAUUGCAACAAUAAUUUGUAUACUUUAUAUACACAAAUAUCCAGCCACAUUGAUUGGAUACAAAAUGUAAUACAAAUUGUCAAAUUUCAAGGUAAUCAGACAGGAAAUAUAUGUAAAAAAUAAAUAGAAAUACACAUAAAUCCGGUUGCUACAUAUAUCUUUAAUUUUAACUUUUCAAAUAUACUAAGUUACAAAACAGUUUUGA